UUCCAACAACACAACAAUUCCAAGUCCAUUUUAUUUUAUUUUUUAAUUUUUUCCUUUUUACUUUUUCAACAUUCUCUUUCUUUCUAACACUCUAGCGGCGUCAGGGAAAGAGACGGAAGGGUUUCGGUUGUCUCCCUCCCCCUUCCAAACCCACAAAACAAAAAACAAAAGGCCAACAUUUAAUUAGUAUCAAUAAUAAAACCCCAAGCCAACGGCUCAACCAAACCCCCCCUCUCUCUCGAUUUGCUUUCCUUUUACAGAUCACAUCAUAUUCAAUAAUAUGGCAUCUAAAGCCUCCCCCAGUCUAGUAUAGUCUCUCCCCCAUCUCCUCCUUCCUUCCUUUGCUUCCCCAAACCCAAACCCUCCACUGGAUUCCCUUCCCUUCCAUCAGAUCAGAAAUCAUGGCCAAAGACCGAGAAAGGAGGAUGUAUGUGGGAGUUAUUUUUAACUAUGCUGCAGAGCUGAAGCUUUUCCUUUCCGCUCUCCUCCUCCUCUGUGCCCUCGCUACUCUCCUCCAGUUCCUUCCUUCUCGUUUCACCCUCUCCAUCUCCGAUCUCCGUUCCUGCUCCGCCACUCAAGAUUCCCCUUCUUCUGCUCUCUCAGCAACACUCCAUUCUUCGACACCCACCCCCACACCCACUCCUUCCCCCUCCCCCUACCUCCCCACAGAUCAGCUUCUUCCCAAUGGCGUACUCAGGCGCUCUUUUCACCCUUACGGUGCCGCCGCUUACAACUUCAUCACCAUGGGUGCUUACAGAGGCGGCCUCCAAAACUUUGCCAUUGUCGGUUUAGCCUCCAAGCCUCUUCACGUCUUUGGACAUCCCACCUACCAAUGCCAGUGGAUUCCUCGCCUCCAGCCCUCCAACCCCAUUAACGCCUCUGCCUUCAAGAUCCUUCCCGAUUGGGGCUAUGGUCGUGUGUACACCGUCGUCGUCGUCAAUUGCACUUUCUCUCACCCUGUUAAUGCCGACAACCAGGGUGGAAAAUUACUCCUUUAUGCUUCCACUUCCGGUGGCGGCGACCGCAACUUCAACCUGACCGACACCAUUGAAGUGCUAACAGAAAGUCCCGGAGGAAUGAACGCUUCCCUUUUCACAUCUAGGCCCAAAUACGAUUAUCUGUACUGUGGGUCUUCUCUGUACGGGAACUUGAGCCCCCAGAGGGUGAGAGAGUGGCUGGCGUACCAUAUAAGGCUGUUCGGGGUGAGAUCUCAUUUCGUAAUACACGAUGCGGGUGGGGUUCACGAGGAGGUGCUCCAAGUUUUGAAGCCAUGGAUGGAGUUGGGUUAUGUGACAUUGCAGGACAUCAGGGAGGAGGAGAGGUUCGAUGGAUACUAUCACAACCAAUUCAUGGUGGUGAAUGACUGUUUGCAUCGGUACAAGUUUAUGGCUAGGUGGAUGUUCUUUUUCGAUAUUGAUGAGUUUAUCUACGUACCGCCGAAGAACACCAUAAAAUCGGUUCUGGAUUCGCUAUCAGAAUACUCCCAGUUUACAAUUGAGCAGAUGCCUAUGAACAGCAAGACGUGUCUGACUGAAGAUGCGGGGAGAACGUACAGGAAGUGGGGGUUUGAGAAGUUGGUGUACAAGGAUGUGAAGAGGGGAAUAAGGAGAGACCGAAAGUACGCAGUGCAGCCGCGGAGGGUGUAUGCGACGGGGGUGCACAUGUCGGAGAAUGUAGAUGGGAAGACCACACACAAAACGGAGGGCAUCAUCAAAUACUUCCACUACCAUGGCACCAUUGCCCAGCGAAGGGAGCCCUGUCGCACUCUCUCCAAUCUAACACAGUUCAAUCUUGAAGAUACCCCAUUUCUCAUGGACACCACUAUGAGGCUGGUCGCUCCUGCAGUCAAGAGGUUCGAGCUCAAAAUGAUCGGAACCAGGUUACAGUCCACGCGCCAAUAAUAAAAAACCAAAACUACAUAUUCAUUCUCCUAAAUUCUGCUUUUUUUUUUUUUUUUCUUCUUUCUCUUCAUUGUUAUAAAACUCACUCCGUCUAUAUACUAUAAAUAUUUUAUUUGAUUA